UGUGGCCGAUGUACGUAAUAAGUCGUAUUGGAUGUAUGUGAAAAGGCAUGAAGUGAAAACGUCAGAAAUAGUGGGUAAAUGUUUCGCUUACCCAUUCAAAACAUCUUUCGUGUAACUGGGGAGUGCAUGUAUUUGUGUACAUGGUUUGUGUGGAGUAUCUGAGGCUGCAGUUUUAGUGAUAUUUGCGGAGGACAGUAUCACAAAACGCCCGUCACCAUUUCAAGAUGGCUGAAAUUUGAAGGACCUCUUUGUUCCGGAUGUUGUCACUAUGAUACUGGAGUCCUUCGUGGCGGAACAGGAGAGUGAGAGCGAAUGCAUGACAUGUUCAUCCAAUCCCAGCAUAGCAGCAAUAGCAGUAGCGGGGUGGCGUUGCAACAAGGUCACAAGAAACGCAAGGUGGAACAUCAGCAACAGGUUAACUAUUCUGGUGGGGAUAAUCUCUACUCUCUGAAUGCUGGCAACGUGGUUAAUAACGUGAGUCAGUCGGUGGUGCAGCGCCACGCGCAUCGCACUCAGAACACUAACAAUAAUGUGCAACACAAGAGCCCUAGUGGGGGAAUGCCACAACAAUUCAUACGCGCCUCCACCAUAAAGCUCUUGGACACAUAUCAGCGGUGCGGCCAAAAAAGGAAAUCGUGCGAGCGUGAGGGUAAUGGUGGUAGUGGCGGUACAGAUACUACUACUACAGGAGCGCACACCACAGCAGCCAACACGACGUCUCACAGUAAGGCAGCCGCCGGCCCGGCGCCUCAGGGCUCCUCAAGUGCCGAUGGUGACUAUCAGCUAGUUCAACACGAAGUCCUGUAUUCCAUGACGACACAGUACGAAGUACUGGAGUUCUUGGGCAGAGGAACCUUUGGUCAGGUUGUGAAGUGCUGGAAGAAAGGCACAAAUGAGAUUGUUGCAAUCAAGAUUCUUAAAAACCAUCCCUCCUAUGCUCGACAAGGACAGAUUGAGGUUAGCAUCUUGUCACGUCUUAGCCAGGAAAAUGCUGAUGAAUUCAAUUUUGUCCGAGCAUAUGAGUGCUUCCAGCAUAAGAACCACACCUGUCUGGUGUUUGAGAUGCUGGAACAAAAUUUGUAUGACUUUCUCAAACAGAACAAGUUCAGCCCACUGCCACUCAAAUAUAUUAGACCAAUCCUUCAGCAGGUCUUGACUGCGCUUCUGAAACUUAAGCAACUGGGUUUGAUUCAUGCUGACCUGAAACCAGAGAACAUCAUGUUAGUUGAUCCAGUAAGGCAGCCAUACCGAGUCAAAGUGAUUGACUUUGGCAGUGCGUCCCAUGUCAGUAAAGCUGUCUGCAAUACAUACUUACAGAGUCGGUACUACAGAGCUCCUGAGAUUAUUCUCGGUCUGCCCUUCUGUGAAGCUAUUGACAUGUGGUCGCUGGGUUGUGUGGUGGCAGAACUGUUCCUUGGCUGGCCCCUCUACCCUGGCUCUUCAGAGUAUGAUCAGAUUCGAUACAUCAGUCAGACACAAGGCCUUCCGACAGAACACAUGCUUAAUAAUGCAUCAAAAACAACAAAGUUCUUCUACAGGGAUAUGGACAGUACAUACCCGUUUUGGAGGUUAAAGACCCCAGAAGAACAUGAAGCAGAGACUGGUAUCAAGUCAAAGGAGGCCAGGAAGUACAUCUUCAACUGUCUGGAUGACAUUGGUCAGGUGAAUGUGCCGACAGAUCUGGAAGGAGGGGAACUGCUUGCAGAGAAGGCAGAUCGGCGAGAGUUCAUUGAUCUGCUGAAAAGAAUGCUGACAAUGGACCAGGUAGAAAGACGUAUUACUCCUGGUGAAGCACUGAAUCACGCUUUUGUGACAUUGGCUCAUCUGGUGGAUUAUGCACACUGUAACAAUGUGAAGGCUAGCGUUCAGAUGAUGGAGGUGUGUCGACGGAAUGGUUACAACAACUCAGGUUCCAGUUCUCAUCACCAGGCAGCACAACAGGCACCACCUCUUGUUGCCAACUUUGUCCCAAGUUCCAAUGGAAAUGUCACAUUAACAUUCAACAAUCAGCUGACGAAUCAGGUACAACGCCUGGUCAGAGAGAGAGCUACCACCUAUGACAACCUGUAUCAGCUUUACAAUGGUCGAUCUGUGGCCCGUCAGUAUACAGGAGCUACUCGGGCCGACCCAUUCCACCAGCAUCAGCUGGUUUCUUCUAUCCUGUGCCCACCAGGCUACCAAGGAAUGGGCUCACCUGCGAAACAUGUGACAGUAGUGGCUCAGCAGCCUCCACCCCAGCUGCAGAUCCAGCCUCCAAUCAUAUCACAGCAGGUUGCUGCACAGCAACAGUAUGUACCGGUGUCAAUGGUUGAGCAGAGUGGCCGGCAGAUGCUGCUUACCAAUGCAGUGCAGACAUCGUGGCCGGGCAGCAGACAGAUGGUUGUGCCAUCCUGGCAGCAGAUCCCACCACAGCAUGCAGCGAUCCAGCAGCCUCUGCUUUCAGAUGCAGGAGACUGGGGCCGCCCACUUAUUGUUGACUCUAGUACUAUACUGCAGGAGCACCGACCUGUUUUUCCUGUAGAUGUUGCCACAGAAGUGUAUGAUCCUUCACUAGUGGAUCAUCAUCCUAAUCAUCAUCCGUCAGCCACUGUGGUAAAUGCAAGUGGGUCAUGGACUAACAAGCGAGGAGUCUCAAAGACCAUGCAUCAUCAUACGAACAGUCAGCAUAAUCUGGCAUGUCCUCCCCAGCCCCAGCACCAGCCUCAGCUGCAGCCAGCCCAUCACCAUCACCACCAUCACCACCAUCACCUUACUGUCCCCAAUCACCGCUCACAGCAGGAUGCCAAGAAGGAGCCUACACAGCUCAGUCCAGUCAAAAAGAGAGUGAAGGAAGGCACUCCACCUUCAGAUUCAGUUAAUGGGUACAACACAAACAGUAGCAGUAGACGGCGACAUUCACCUGUUGCAAGCAAUAGCACACAUUGGCAGCAUCACCAGGGCCAGAGUUCGGUGGUCCAACAAACGGGCAAACAUCACAGCCACGCCAUUCAGCAGCAACUAGAUCAGCAUCCACACCAAGCCAUUCAGCAGACUCCACAGCAAUCUGUGCAGGUGGUGUCUGGGCGGCAACAGACCAUUACGAUACAUGAUACCCCAUCACCUGCUGUGUCCGUUAUUACUAUAUCAGAUAGUGAAGAUGAGGCUCCAGGCAAAUGCUGUAAGGAUAGGAACUGCAGUGCGUGUCACACCUCAGGCUUGGGUCUUGCGUGCCACAUCAGCUCCAACUGCUCUUCCGUGUUGACAGUUGCGUCUCAAGACGAAGCAUAUCACAGCUCUCAGUCAACACCGUCCAGAGGGAUGCCUGCAAGGCAGCGGAAGAAUGUCAUAUCGUGUGUGACGGUUGCUGAUAGCGACGGAGAGGAACAUAGAAGUCCAGCCAAGCAACAGAUGCAACAAAUGUAUCACCAUCAUCAUCAGCCACCCCCACCACCACCUCCGCCACCACCGCUGCCGCAACAACAGCCACCACAAGUAUCUGUAUGCGUUCAUACACCAGGACACACUGUCAGGGAGAUUAAGCAUGAGCCACAACACAGUUCUAGCUAUUCUAGUGGGGCAUCACAGUCGCAAAAGAAGCGGUUGCUUGCAAAGGCUCAGUCAGAAUGCAUGCUUGGUGUGGCAACCAAACGAGAACCAGGCCUCGGUGAUUAUCAUCCUUCUACUGAUUAUGCACACCACUCGGCUUGCCAUGGUGCCACCUCCUGCAGCAAGGAGCCAAGCUUAGUUGCUAGCAGUUCAGCCAAUGCGGUGGUGGCUGGAUAUCAUUAUGUGACCACUUCUUCAGCUGGUGGGCAUGCCACGAUGCCAGGGCAGGAGCAGCACAUUGUGUAUACUGGUUGUAGUGGAGACAAGCGUGGAUCAUGGGCCCCACCUGCAGCGCAUACAGGACGAGAAAUGCUUGCUCCCCCAUCGGCUCAUAAACGAGAUUCUGUGGCUCGGGACCACUUAGCAGUGCCUGUCGGCUCUCACCGAGAGUAUCACAUCCCUCAGCAAGGUCAGCAGCCGCAACUCAUACAUGCAGCAAGUGUUCACAAAGAGUACAUCCAGCCUCCUGCUGCUCACACAACACGUGAGGGGAUGGCCGUGUCAACACGGGAGCAACAUUUGUUAGCAGUAGCGCAGGCCAAGACUUGGACCACAGCGGCUGCCUCGGCUUCCCACCCUGCCCUCCAUCAAGGAUAUCGCCAUAGCAGUGCACAUUUGUCUCCUCAGCCUCUUGCACAUGCAGCUGCAGCCAGUCGUCUGUCCCCUCAGCAUCACCUUGCUGCAGCUGGACAGCCCUUGUAUCAACAGCCCGAACUGUACCGCCGACCUGCUGUGUAUGUAACCACCACACAGCCUGCCUACUUGCCUGCUAGCCAUCAAGUGGCUCCUUUCACUGCGGGCAGGGCAUUGCCCCCUCCAGCACAUCAUGCCAGUACUCGACCAGUACUGGCAACACAUCCUUCACACCCCCUCCCUGCACAUAUGCAACCAGCAGCUGUGUUUCCAGCCCACCCCCAGGUGGCAGCAUCAUAUGGAUUUGCUCCUCUCAGCCCAGCGAAAUCACACCAGUAUCAGCCUAGUCUGUGGUUCACAGAGUAAGAAGGUAAUGUUGCUCUCAUUGUCCGCGUGUUUGGGUAUGAACACACAUGGAGCAACUGCUGCUAGAUUUUCACUGAAGUUACUCUCUUCAUGAUUUGAGACUAUCAGAAACUCAGUUCCUGGUCAAAGGAGGAGAAUAUAAUGUUUCCUUAGCAUGUACUUCUUGAUAUUUGCCAGUUUACUUUGAAAACUGGGUUUCUUGGUAUGUACCACAACGAACGAAAGAAAAUAUGUUGUGAUCUCUGAAACGAAGGGUCUCCUAUGAAACAUGAUAAUUAAGGUUUAUGAGAGAGAAAGAAAUACAUUUUGGGGUUGCCCUGACGACGCUUUUGAGAGGAGAACAAAGUGUUUUUGGAUGAUUGAAGUUGAUUCCCUGAUAUUUAAAGGGACUUUUUUUCUUUUUCUUUGACAAGAACCUGGGUAUAGAAGGAAAUAAAAGAAAGGAUGAAAUAAUAAAAUUUGAUUGGAUAUGUCCAUUAAUUGAGGCGUUCUUGUAUUACCUGUUAUAGUUCCAUUAUUUGUUGUUUCUUCUGGAAUAAGCUUUUUGUGUAUGUAUGUGUGUAUAUAUAGGUAUGUGUGUGUUUAUGAAAGUCCUUUGGACAUUUCUUUUCGAUUUGUGUAUUUAUUGUUUGUUGAUGUUUAAUUAUUUUUGCAUGAAUUAAAUGUACUUGAUGUACAUUACACAAUUCUGAAUUUGCUAUUUUGCAUUUUUAAAACUGUCCUUAGGACUGUAUGGGAUCGAAAGUCUUGUCUGUGUAUAUUAAGUAUCCAACAUGGGAAAGAAGCAACCAACUAGAGAUAUAACAUGUGCUUCUUUGUGUUUAGUUGCUUGCGUAUUGUAAUUAUUUAUCAAUCAUUCCUGCCUGCAAGUUACCAUAUGAAUUAAAUGUUGGUAACAAGAAAUGUCCAUUGCAAUCUGUACAUAGUGUAAGAAAACUGUCAGCAAUUUUUAUGAAAGUCGUGAACAAGUUGUACAUAGUAGCAGUGAGAUGCUAUCAGCCUUGUUUUAAAAUGUGAUGCUGUUAGAUAUUUAUAUUUUAUCCUUUGUGACAAGCGCAUUUUAAGGAGAGUUUACAGUGAUCAGGAAGUGAGGUUCUCAAGGACUGUUUUAGAGGGAUAAACUUUGAAUGUGAUGUUGUAGGUACGUUUUUAAGGAAAAUCCCAAAUCAAUGUGCCUAUUUAAAUUAUGAUUGUAUGCUUUUAAUUUGAGAUAAUGUUCCCCGUCCCCCAUGCUACCAUUAUUGAAUCAUAAUAGAAUUAAAUUACUUGUAACUUAUGAUAUGGUGAUUCAUUUGUUAUUUUGAAAAUUUUAGCCAAGCCACUCUGUUGAACUGCUGUUAUUGAUGUGAAUUGCCUAGUUCCCUUGGCAGAGAAUAUUGGGGUCAUGCCAACUGGCCAUGUGUUAUAACCAGGUCAUACAACUUGUCUGAAAAGAGUAUGAAGCGCAUUCGGGAUUUGUAGCACUUGACAGGAUGUCAGAGUACAUGUAUACAAAUGUAUAUGAUCCUUUGACAUCCUCCUACUUUGCAGAAUUUCUUCGUUACAGACAGAAUUGUGGCUAAGUGUGUUGCACAUUAUUUAGUUCACUAAUGAUUUGGCAGUGCCUUGAAUCUUCUAUCAUAAAUUAGUGCUUAAUUUGUCUGAUCUCCCCCACCGAUAUUGCACAGAAAAUUCAGAUAAAUUCAGGUAUAGUACUACUGUGUACUCACACAGAAAGGCACUCUUACUCCAAACAAUUCCUGUUUUUCAUAAAGCUUUUAAAUUCACGUAAAAUAUUGAAUGUUUACAUAUUCUGGUCAGAAAUAUGACCCACAAAAAUGAUAGGCUCUUCCUGCAUGACCCCUGCCUGAUAUCAAAAGGUAGUUUAUAUAAAAUGUGUUUAUUGUGAUGUAACAAUCUGCUGAAUAUGCAUGUGCAUAUAUAAUUGUGAUAAUUAGGCACAGCUGAUGAGAAUGCCAAAGUUGGCAAAGUGUAAGGGCCAGCAGUAGGGAUAUAGUAUAAGCCCUCUGAGUACAGAGUAAGGUAUGCCAGCCAGGAGAGAGCAUGGGAUGAUGGUCCUUGGUAGAAAAAUGAUGGUGUUAUCAAAUUGACUUUCUGUUUGUCAGCAGUUGCUCAGACAAAACAGCGUACAGCUGCAGUUGCAACACCUGCCUGCACUGCAUUUGAUGUGUAUAUAGUUUGUUAGCAGAUAUGAUUUGAGGUAGAGAUAGAGGCUCGUAGUUUUCCAAGUUUCAAGAUGUAAUUUUGUGGGGUUUCUUUAAACUCCUAUGGCAGGUGCUUGAGGACAUAAACACUGCAUAAUGCUAAUUAGUCUGAAGAAUUGGUGGAAUUUUUGCAUUAUCUGGUUUAUGACAGCAUAUAUUAUGGUGGGGUAUUCAUCUGCUAGAUUACACACAACAUAAUCCAGAAUCCACCAUAAGAAUCUUCUCAAUGGUUAAAACAUCAAGUUACAUAAUUUCAUGGAAAUUGUUAAAUUAUCUGGGUAAUGCAAGAUCAAAAAGAGCCCUGAAGGUGUGAUUACUUUGUCUUCUCUGCAGAAUUCUUCAGCUAAAUUAUUUCAAAUUAGCUUUCAUAUGCCGCUGCAUUCAGUGCAUUUCACUCAUUUAUAUAACCUCAGAUGUUUGAAAGGAAAGUAUGUCAUCGUCAUAUUGUCUGUAACUGGCCUGAAUCUGUGGUCAUUGAUCUGGUAACUUUAAAAUGAGGCGCUUCAUCUCCCUCGUUAACAGCGGUGUUCGACAUCACAAUCUUGUGUAUUGGCAGUGACAGUAACGUACAAGGGAGCCAGUCAAGAUUGUGUCUGAGCAACUCAUAUAUUGCUUUAAGCUGCCUCUCAGUAUUUGAAGCCUUCUGAUCAAACCAGAGCUUUAUUGAGACUGGCUGAACUCCAUCCUCCUUGGUAGAGCACAUAUUUAUUAUUGUAUCCUUUAGUCAUUGGUUCAGUGUUACACAUAUGCAUGUUUGUAUGUUUUAAGAUAUUGGGUGAUUAUUAGUACAGGUAAACUGGUAAUAGUUGUGAUAUAUGAAAGUGCAAAAGCACUGACUUUUAUUGUAGAUAGAUAGUGUUUAGACAUGACUGAUCAAAUUAUGGAUCCGUAGAGCACAACUGAUCCCUAGUGUGGAUUAUUCCAAAUGUUCUGUGUACUUUAGAAGAAUAACAUGGUACAUGUGUUGCUCCACAGGUUGUUAAUCCUGACAUAUUGACCAUGGUGUGUUGACUGGUUAGCAAUCCUAACAUAUUAACCAUGGAGAGCACACUCAGUGAUAACAUGAAUGUUGUAGUGAAUAGAAUUUAAUUAUGGAAGAAUAACCAUAUUUUUGGAGCUAAAACUAAGAUAUUGAUAAAUGAAGGUUUUGGGAGGUGAAGCUUACCUCAUCCUCCCUCUUAUAUUGUUGUGUGUAGUGUUGAUGUGUGACAUUUCAUAAUCACAGUAGCCUUAUAAAUUGUGUGUAGAAAUUAAAACUUUGUUAAUGUAAUUUCCCCAUUUAAUUUCCUCAUAUUUUUAUUUUUAUCAUUUGCUUGCAAUUACGUAAUGUGGAUUGAAGGGUGGAUACACUUUGCACGCUUUUUCAUGUAAUAAAUUUUCAGUGCAUAAUUUUCAUUUUCUAUAAAAUCAGUAACUAAUAGAUAAUUUUUGUAUAUGUAUGUGUGUGUGAGCUUGGGUGAGCCUUCCAUGUAUUACAAGUACACGAAUAUUUACACACUAUUUUUUUUAAUAGUUUGAGGGAUUGUAGAGACACUGUUGUAUUAUAAAUGCACGGUUUAUAACAUGAAUUGCCUUAUUAAUAUACAUUGUAAUGUAUAUGUAGGUCUUUGGCUCCAUCACUGAAGUGUAUAUGUGUUUAUAAAUUGGUGAUUGAAGUCAUGUGUACUGCACUCUCCACAUGGUUCACUAUGUUCUUGAACAAAUUUUGUAGUUUCUACCAAAGACACAAAAUAAUGUUCCUGCCUACUUACAGUUUAGUUUAGCCCUGUGGUAAAUUGCAUAAGACUCAGCAUUGGUAAUGCCUUUUUAUACUUUGUGAAAUAAAAACUACAGUUCCUUUAGAAUUAAAUUUCUAGUUAAUAUGUAACUUGGCUCUUGGGUUUGACUGUAUCUUGUGUUGAAGAUGAGUAACCUCCCCCCAACCUGUACUCCAACUGUGAGAACUUAGUGCCGGUCCUUGACCUUUUCCCACCCUCAUUCAUCCUGAAAAGGGUGACUACAAAAUGCCCUGAAAUGUGAGAACAGCUUUGACACGGUGUGGGUAAACUCUGAAAGUUUAAGUUACACAUUAGAUAGAGACCACAAAAGCCUAAGGAUGAAAAUCAAUUUGUAGUUGUUGGAUCUCUGGUUAUGUGAUGCUUGAAACACUUAAAUUGGGAUAUAAUGAGUAUGAAAUUCCCUCUUCUCCUCGUCCCAGUGUGAUUCGUAGCAGACAUGGUUUAAAAGUACAAUGCUGGGUGUUGAAAGUUGGAACUAAUACAGUGUGUAGUGCCCUCCAUUCAGCAACCUCAAGUGUCUGUUCCAUGUAUGUGAGCUGCAUUAUAUCAAUUUUCUUCUUGAUGUUUUUCUCGUUCUUAAAGAUGGGUGUUGUAUUAAGAACUGAAUCAUUGCAGUCCAAGUGUGUUCUCUGUUUUACUGUAUUCUGUAUUAGAACAGUCUUGUGUCAAGAAUAAUAACCACAUGACAUAUAUAACUCAGAAUUGUAUAAUUGGCUAUGAGCUUAGGCUGCAAAUUUGAAAUAAGAACAAACCUGUAAAUAGUGUAUUUUUAAAUGUGGUUGGGGAGGAAAGGACUGGUUCACUGUGGAAGACGUGCAGGGACUUCUCAUGUAACACCCUUUGCUCAUACAUGUUGUACAUGCAGACUGAGAGAGAGUUGAGGGUUUGUUCUUACUUCAGACAUACUUUCUGUCCACAAUGUGAGCAUUUUAGUUUGGUGUAAAUAGUGUAGUGGAGUUUACAAUACCUCAUUGCUUUCUGUAUUGAGAACGGGAUGUUGAUUGGCGUCGUGCUGUAUUGAGCUUCAUAAAUUGAGCACAAGCCGAGAUAUGGUGUCAGAAUACCUUGUUUUUAAGUAUCUUUUUUUAUUUUAUUACCUUUUUCUUUGUAUAAUGAUUACUUGUAUCAGGUAACAAACUAGUGUUUCACUGUGGUAGUCUAAAACACAAUUAUGGGAUUGAUUAGUGUUUAAAUAUUUACUGCCUUGGGUUGAGUAUUAUUUUGUAUAUUUAUUUAGAAUACUGUGGUGUAAUGCAAAACAUUAAUGUUCAGUUACCAACUUAACAGUGUGCACUGUGGUUUAUAAUUUAUGUUCUUUAAUCAGCAUCUCUGAAGUGGGGGUGUCAUUCUUAAGGUCUGCUUGGCUCCAUCUGUUGUCCAUUCAUCUUUUGUGUGUUAUUAUUAUCAUUAUUUAGGCUUUAUAAUCGUUUGGUUCAUGGAAGUGCUCCUGCACUAGUAUUGAUCUUCUGUUAACACAGGUGUUGUUCAUUAGCACACAGGACACACAUGACACAGAAGUCUCACGAGUAGUAAGGAUGAUAUCACUCAGAGACUCAAGUUAUAUUCCGCAUCUGUGAACUAGCUCAAAAUGCAUGUUGGCAAAGAUUAUUGCUAGUAACAUUCGUGCGAACAGAAUGGCUAGUUGACUAGGAGAGUAUCAGGCAUGCUGGAGGAAGUACUGAGUGAGUUUUUCAUUGUUUUUCUUUGUGAUCUGAGUGUAGUUCAGGAGACUGUUGCUACCUCAGACACAAAUUGCUGUACAUUUUCCUGGCCAUAUGGAAAUUGUGUAGUUACACAUAUAAGGUCGGCCUAAAAAUUAACAAGGGCAAUAUUGGCUCUGCAGGCCAUAUGUUUUGACACCCCUGGCAUGUAAAUUUUAAGAAACUUGGUUAUUACAGAGUUCAAAGAAAAUAUGUAACAUUACCCCAUGAAGUCAAAUUAAUAUCAUAAAGUGUAUGUAUGUAUUGGAGUGAAUGCAUGUAUGUGUGUGUGUGUGUGGUUUAUGUCUGUUCAGUUUGUGGCUGUUGUUGAGUUUAACUGUGUAAUGGCCUGACAUUUUUGUGUCCAUGUCAUCUUGAACUGAAGUCAACAGUAUAUGUUAAUACCAAAUUUAAGUUGAAGAAGAUAUGGAUUUUGGCUCUUGUGAUCCAAUCAGUGGCCACAAAUUUAUACAUAGAUAUAUUGUAUGCAAGGAAUGUUACCUGUGCCAAUUUUAAGGUGUAAGUAUCUAGUUUUCUACUGACAAUGUAACAAUAUUUAGUGGACAAUCUUCAAAUUUGUCACCGCCAAUUUUCUCACAACUUAAAAAAAAAAGCUUAGAAAAUUUCUGAAUAAAAAAACGGUUAUUCACAUUUAAAUCAAAUCUAAAUGUUUGUAUGAAGAGAAACAUAUCAAUUUGAAGUGAAGUGUCCCUGCGAUGCAUGAGGCACUCACUGUUGUAUUAGGAUUGAGUGAGUGGUGUGGGCGGAACGCUUACCACUGUUGCAUCUCUAUUUGGUCAUCAGGUUAUGGUGUUUUAGAUUGUAUUUGAAUGGGAAAGUAAUUAGUUUUUCAUGUGAAGAAGCUUCUCCCGUUUCUCUGUCAAUAGUUUCAUGUGAUAUGCUCUUAUAAAUUUGCAGUGUAUCGUUCCAUGUAGCUCUUUGUGGACAUUGGAUGUUACCUUAUUUGGCGAAUCUCUCAUCUGCUUUAUCUAUCAUAUUUUAUAUUGUCUUAACCCAAGUAUAUUUAUUUUGUAUCAAAUUAGUAGCUUGUUUAAUGUGAAAAAAUGAGUGUGGCUUAGAGAGCAUCGUUCAGUUUUAUGUUCCAUAACAAAUGAGAUCUGAUUAAGGGGAGAUACCACUGUUGUACACAAUUUUCAAGCUGAUUACAGGAAGUCUUCUAGUGCGAAUUACAUAAAAUCCAUGACAGAUUGGAGGCUUGAGUUUAAUACAUCAGGAUAUGAAGGCCAGUGGAUAACUUUAUGAUGCAGUUACAGGUUGUAUGAUUUUGCCAAACAUAUGAUUCUCUGCUGUGGUUGAUUUAUUGUAUGAAAUGUGUUGGAUAUUGCAUGUUGUCUGAAGUAUAUUUGCUACAUGAGGCUUUUAGGAGCUGGCCUACUUCUGUUGUGUGGUUACUACUACUACUACUACUACUACCACUACUACUACUGCUAUUUGUGUAAGCGGUGUUAAUUGGAACUGAGCUAUGGACCCUUCUGAAUACAUAGUAUUCAAAAGUCCCCAGGUUCAGUGACAACUAAUAUCGAAAUAAGGUAUAAUAAAAAUCUUUCACAAUGACAACCAGUCGCACCUGGAGACAGGAGUGCUGCCAGCUUUAAAAUGUGUCGAAUAUACCUCAAAUAAUGGACAGUGUCCAACGGAAUAUUCGUAUAGCAUAAUGUAGAGCACCAAAAAUUGUAUAUUUUAGACUUUUGAGCAACCAGAAUUGUAUAGAAAUAUUUUUUUUUGUGUUGAGUAUGGACCAUAUUUUUUUGCUUCAGAACCCUGUUACAAGUGUAAUUUUUUGUCCAGCUUCAUGGGGUUAGCCUUAGUUGUAAGAGUUCAGACUGUGGGGUACCUUUGUGCCAUGUACAUUUCUGACACAGCCUUCUUUUUAAGCCCCAACAUCCUUCCACCCUCAUAUCACUCAUAUUGAGUGUUGUAAACAGUAUACAGAUUAUACCAACAUUCAGAGGUAAAGCAAAAUUUAUUUAGAUAUGUGACCAAUUUGAGUUAAUAUUUUCUUACGUACAUCUUCAAAAUGACCACAAAUUUUGGAUUAUCUGCAAUAUAUCUUGUCUCUUCUUCAUUAUCUACAGGACAGCGCUCUUCAUGAAAUAUGCAGCACCAGUCAGUUCAAACACAGUACAUGCAUGCAACAGUAAAGAUAGAAUUGUGUAUGUUUUCCCAUUUUCUCAGGUAAAAUUUCUAAAAGUCUUAGUUGUUCAUAGGUUUUCAUUUGAUGUAGACCAUCUGCUUAUUGUCCUGCCAAAGCAGGGAGGCUCCAGGCUUGUGCAUUAUCAGUGGUUCCUCCUCAUAUGUAAGAUACAUAAUUUUCAAAAUUUACAUAAAUAUCUGUAAUCUUCAUAAAUAAGCUUAUAAAAAAGUACAAUGAUUAGUUGGACCAAUAUGCUUUUCCUCAACUACAUAUUUUGUAAUAUUGGGUCUUGGUGGUGAUAAUACUUUAAAAAUGUAUCAUUAGAAAAGUGUGUAUUUAAAAGCUUACAUAUGUUUUACAAGUAUUUUAUGGUAUUUAGGUCCUGUUAUAUAAUAUUUAAUGUUGCCUUUUUGUCAUGAAAUGGUAAAGGUCAUAUGUAAAGGAAAUUUAAAAUGAAUCAUUGGUAUAUAAUUUUUUUUGAAGAGGGUAAAAGAACGCUUGCUUUGUAUCCGUCUCCUAGUCAGUAGAAGGGGAAAGGUUGUACAUUUGGCAUAAUUAAAUUUAAUUAGCUGAAA